CGACAUCUACUAAUCCUAAUUCCACCCCCACUCUCCACUCCCCAAGAUGCCAGACCAAGGACUGCAAUAAGUGUAAACAUUUAUUGAACGCUGUGGGGGCAAGCUUAUGCUAAGCAAACUCUUAACGUGAGUGAUCUCAUUUAAUGCUCACAACCCUAUGGCCUUGGUUAUCAUGCUCAUUUUACAGAUAUGAGAACUGAGGCCGAGAGGUUAGGAAAUGUGGCCAAAGUCACAGUUACACGGAAAGUGGUAGAGAAGCUGGCGUGGGCACCUGGCACAAUGCCCGCUUUCUACUGCACUGGCCAGAGCCUCCUCCAGGGUGGGAUGCAUCCAGCCGCGUCCCCAGCGCCUAUCACUGUAACCGCGCAAGCGCGGGUGGAACUGGGCAGAAGAUGAGCAGGGCGGAGGUCUCAGGAGAUGUGGACGCUAGACGAAUACUUGCCCAAGAAGCGAGUGGGGAGGAGGAAAGGGCAGGGGGAAGAAAGGAAAAUCACUGUCGUGCGAGGCGGCUGAGGGGAGAAUCACGCCGAGACCGCAAGAGUGGACGGCAACUGAAGCGAGUCUUGCGAGGAAACCACUUCCAAUUCCCUGUGCUUCCCCGCCAGCUCGCCCACCAGGCCGCGAGGUCCUGGACCGUCGCAAGGAAAUACUAGGGCGGGGCUGGGGUGCGGGCCGGCAGUUGCUGUUAAGAGUUUAGACAAAUCAGCCCUCGGCCUCACUUCUCUUGACCAAUAGGAAGUGGGCUAAGGCGCAGAGCGGAAAGUGUGGCUACAUAGCAGGCACCAGAGCCAAUCAGAGUGGGGCUCGCUUCCAUCCGCCAACCAGAGGCGAGAGCGGGUCUGGGGGCGGGAGGCCAGAGCAGCUGUCAGGCUAAAGUCCGGCGAGCAACGCGCGGCAGGGCGGCUGGAGGAAGCGGCUCCUAGCCGGUCCCUGGAGAUGGUCCUCGGCGCCGCGGGCUGGUGGUGUCUCCUGCUCUGGCUCCCUGCAUGCGUCGCGGCUCACGGAUUACGUAUCCAUGAUUAUUUGUACUUCCAAGUGCUGAGUCCUGGAGACAUUCGAUAUAUUUUCACAGCUACGCCUGCAAAGGACUUUGGUGGUAUCUUUCACACAAGGUAUGAGCAGAUUCAUCUUGUCCCUGCGGAACCUUCAGAGGCCUGUGGAGAACUCAGCAACGGUUUCUUCAUCCAGGACCAGAUUGCUCUGGUGGAGAGGGGGGGCUGCUCCUUCCUCUCCAAGACCCGGGUGGUUCAGGAGCACGGCGGGCGGGCAGUGAUCAUCUCUGACAACGCAGUUGACAAUGACAGCUUCUACGUGGAGAUGAUCCAGGACAGUACCCAGCGCACGGCUGACAUCCCUGCCCUCUUCCUACUCGGCCGAGAUGGCUACAUGAUCCGCCGCUCCCUGGAACAGCAUGGGCUGCCAUGGGCCAUCAUUUCCAUCCCAGUCAAUGUCACGAGCAUCCCCACCUUUGAGCUGCUGCAACCACCCUGGACCUUCUGGUAGAAGAGUUGGUUCCACCUUCCAGCCAUAAACUCUGGGCUGGAAAGGGGAAAUCCAGGAAUUCUGCUGUUUGGGACUUGGGAGUAGCACUUGGGGACAGGUGGAGCCAGGGAGAGAAAAAAGGCUUGGGCUUUGGCUAGGCUAAGGGAAGCCAUACCAGUGAUUUCAUUUCCCCAGGGCCCCCAAGGGUGUCUCAUGCUAUGAGAAAGGGCAAGAGCCAGGCCCCAGGGCUUCUUGGCUAGAAUCUGGAACAAAAGGGGCUAAAGGCAGGUGGCCUGAGAGCCAUCUGUGACCUGUCACAUUCCACCUGGCUCCAGCCUCCCCCACCCAGGACAUCUCUUAGUGUCCUUCAUAGCAGUUGCUAGACUGGUUUAAAGAGCUGGUGUUUGAGAACUUAAUAAACCCUCACUGACUUUUUAGCAAUAAAGGCUCUCAUCAGGGUUGUAA